AAAAAGGCAUCCGAUAGUUUCCAAAUAUUCUAUAAGUGAUACUUAAUUAUAAUCGCGAUGGUAUCAACGAUCAGCUCGGGGCCGGUGAUACUCUAGAUCCAUCACAAUUGGUGAAUACAAAACCGGUCAGUCGACGCGUUGAAGAUGCAGAGAAUGUAUUUGUCUCGCAAACUCUAGAGAGAAUCUACCGUUGUGUUCUAACAGUUCUAAGUGAUGGAUACGCGAGACGAUCAUAUAUUUGUGAAUUCGGAAUAAGUGCAAACCGUGUCUCGAUCAUGUCGAGGCAACAGAAGCGUGUGCUCUCUCGGUUACUUCGAAUCGUCGUCUGUCUCGGUGUUAUCUUGUUGACGUUAAAAUUGUCUAUUAUCAUUGUCGGAAACGAGGAUAAACCUCUUCCCGUUGCCGAUGAAUUGAGAAAGCUAUUGAUCGAAGCUGAAGUGGAUAACACACGACGAUUAUUGAACGUCGAAAGAGUAUGCAAAAAGUAUAAUUUAGGCAUCUAUCGAAAGCUCGCCGAAGAUUCAUUGUUCAAACAUCCGCCCACGCCGCAGUACAGCAUCUUCUACAUGGACAGAGAACACAAUAUAUCGUAUUGCCCGGUGUACAAAGCUGGAACUACGACCUGGCUCUACAAUCUCUGCCUAUUGAUGAAUGUGUCUAUGGAGACGUUGAGUCCUGGCAAGCAACAAUUGUCGACCAUCGCCAGGAGGGCGAUACCGGAACUCGAGUAUCCCGAGGCAGAACGAGUCUUAAACGCGAGUAGACGACUUUUAGUCGUUCGACAUCCGUUUGAGAGGCUGUUGAGCGCCUAUCGCGAUAAACUCGAGAACUGUGUUGCUGGCCGGGAACACGGGACACUGCAUUUUUAUCGCAAGUACGGAGCCAAGAUCGUGAGGAAGUAUCGCAGGAAAAAUUUCACCGAACCACGACCGGAUCAGGUGAUCCGACGCGAUAACACGCCGUCUCCAGCUGGUGUGGAACCGACCUUCCGAGAGUUUGUCGAUUAUGUGAUCGAUACCGAUCUCGGAAGUUAUGGCGAUGAUCACUGGAUGCCGUAUUACCUCUAUUGCACGCCAUGCCUCGUCAAUUACAAUAUCAUUGCAAAUGUGGAAUCGCUGUGGCGAGAUCAAGUGUACGCCAUCAAUAAGUUAGGAUUACAAGACAAGAUCAAGCCUAGAUGGAGACAUAGCAACGGUCACCUCAACGCUUCCAGGAUAUACUUUCGUCAAUUAAAUAGAGCGACGGUGCAAAAACUGUACGAGAAGCUGAGACUGGAUUUUGAGCUAUUUGAUUACUCGCCCGAUAUUUAUUACGAGUACGCCACAUCCGCGGAUUAAUUGAAGUUGAUCGAAUGUAAUCGAGGUCUCUGCGUGAAGCUCUGCGUCUAAUCUGUCUACGGCUUAUCAAGACGCGAUUUUAUAAUAAUGACACUAUCGUGAUGACGUUCGAUAGGAAACAUCGAACAGAAAAUAUAAGUACUUCGUGUACAUGAGAUUGAAGAAAAAAAGGGCAGAAAAAGACAUACAUUAAGGGCCUGUGUACGCGCGCACACGUAACCCCGAUAAUUGAUGGAGCUUAAAUCACGUUACGUCACGCGACGAACUUUUGUCGACGAGAAUCGAUCGACCUACUUCUCACUGUAUACUAAUGUAUCGGACCGGCGACCUGUCCUAAAGUCAAGGGUCCUCAAAUGAGCAUGUUAAUCCCCGCCCCGAGUUCCAAGCGAAGCGUCACUCUGCCUCGACGGAAAUGUCAAAUAUUUUCGCAUAAGAAAUUAGUUGGAUAUAUAAUGUCUCUAACGAGAUAUAAAUAAAUAUACAAAUAUUUUAUUUCGACUUUAUGUU